UCAUGGAAACGUUGUAAUUGGCGUCUGUUUUGCUAACGGUGUGUUGGAAUGGCGGGCAACGCGGCGCCCAUUGUGCUGACACUUGUAUGAUUGUGGGCGGGUCCGACUAGGGAUAAGGUUGGGCGGGUCCCGGGGGGCAGAGUGUGGCGCCGGGCUGGAGAGUCGUAUCCCAGUAACAGACGCCAGUACAACAGGACUCCUCUCCCGGAUCAUACAGCGUCACCGCAGCAGCUUUCCAGGGAAUGGCAUCUGUAUCGAGAAAACCUGGUCUUGCCCAACGUAAGAAAACCGGAGCCAAACCUGAAUUAACAGAAGAACAAAAGCAAGAGAUCCGAGAAGCCUUUGAUUUGUUUGACACUGAUGGGUCCGGUACUAUUGAUGUUAAGGAACUGAAGGUUGCCAUGCGUGCCCUAGGUUUUGAGCCAAAGAAGGAGGAAAUGAAAAAAAUGAUAGCAGACAUUGAUAAAGAUGGUUCUGGCACCAUUGACUUUGAGGAUUUCUUAUCUCUAAUGACUCAUAAGAUGAGUGAAAAGGACUCUAAAGAAGAAAUUAUGAAAGCUUUCCGGUUAUUUGACGAUGACGGCACAGGAAAGAUUUCCUUUAAAAACCUUAAGAGAGUUGCCAAGGAAUUGGGUGAAAACCUGACAGACGAAGAAUUACAGGAAAUGAUUGACGAAGCCGAUCGUGAUGGAGAUGGGGAAAUCAAUGAACAGGAAUUCCUUAGGAUCAUGAGAAAGACAAGCCUUUACUAAGUUAUUUGUAGGAAACAUGUUAACACUGUGAAGAUAUAAAAGAAAGUAAACAAAAAAAAAAGCUAUUUGGAAUGAGCUGUCCUCGUAUUUGCAUCAGGACUUGUUUAUUUUGAAGCUAUAUGUAUUGUUGUUCUAUGCCGGCCUUUGAAUGGAUCCUUUGGAAUGUGCCAUUAUUCAGAGCCUGGCUGUAUUGUACAUCCUAUGUAUAUUAUUAGCUGUGUUUUGUUUUGUCAACUACACGUUGAUGAAUUAACUUCCGCUACUUCCUUAAAUGGACAAUAGCUUAGUUAUUUCUUUUUGGGUUCUCCAGUUUUGUGUGUGUGUGUGUGUUGGCCCCUGCUUCUUGCUUUGUAUUGGAUGACUGGCAGGUGGUUUAUUCUUUACUCUUGGCCUUGUUUUUGUGAAAAUGCACUGUAGAAUACUGUCCUGACCUAUUUUGUAAUAAACUU